UGGUAAUUUCUGCUGACGGACCGAAAAGCUUUGGUAGGGUGCCUUCUCUGCUGCUCCUCUCAAGUUGUCAUAGUGAGAGAGUCCCGACAGAGUUUUGGUGUGUGGGGGGCUGUGGGAAGAGAUAAUUCAUGGCGCUCCCUCUUCGCCUCUCGUCGGCUAUCACCGUCAUCCCCCUUUCCUGCUCACCGGCAACUUCCCGUCACGAUGCCAAACAGCAGCCGAUGUUAGGAUUUGUCGGUUGCUGCUGCUCCUUCCCCCUUUUCGCCAACAUCACGGGGAGCGGCCGCCGCCACCACCAGGCCAUCAGGUCGCCUCCUUACUUCUCAGGAAACACGGUCCGGUAUAUGUCCAACAAAGGCUCAGCCACGAGGAUAGCAGUUGUCGCCGUCUCUGGAGACGGGGAAGGAAAUGACGAAGAGGUGGUUCCGAGGAAAAGUGUAUCAGUUGUCCUGUUAGCAGGAGGGAAAGGGAAGCGGAUGGGUGCAUCUAUGCCAAAGCAGUAUCUUCCACUCUUGGGUCAACCAAUUGCUCUUUAUAGUUUCUACACCUUUGCUGAUCUGCCUGAAGUUAAGGAAAUCAUUGUUGUUUGUGAUCCAUCGUAUAGAGACAUAUUUGAAGAUGCCAUUAAAAGCAUACAGGUAGAAAUCAAAUUUGCAUUUCCUGGAAAGGAGAGACAAGAUUCUGUAUUUAAUGGACUUCAGGAAAUUGAUGGGACUUCAAAACUUGUUUGCAUACAUGAUAGUGCAAGGCCUCUUGUAAAUUCUAAAGAUGUAAAAAAGGUUCUAAAAGAUGGUUUGCUGGUCGGAGCAGCUGUCCUUGGUGUUCCUGUUAAAGCUACAAUUAAAGAGGCAAAUGGGAAAUCCUUUGUAGUCAAGACGCUGGAUCGCGAGACUCUUUGGGAAAUGCAAACCCCACAGGUUAUCAAGCCACAAUUACUAAGAGAUGGAUUUGAGCUUGUACAAAGGAAAGGGCUGGCAGUCACUGAUGAUGUUUCCAUUGUGGAGUAUCUUAAUCAUCCUGUUUACAUAACUCAAGGAUCGUAUACAAACAUAAAGGUAACAACACCAGAUGACAUGUUGCUUGCGGAAAGAAUACUGAAUACAACCACAACAAAGGCUUCAGUGUAACAUUGAAAGGUUACUAUAAAAAUGUAUUUAUUUUUAGCAUGGAAGUUGAAUGAACAACAAAGCUAGCAAAUGCCAUCCAAGCUGCAAUCCCAAGUUAGGAAAGGGAUUGCAUUGAAUAUUAGAUAUUCUGUACUAAAAACCUCCAAUAAACAGGAAAAAAUGAUGUGGAAUGACAACAAAUUAAUUCUCUUUCAAGAGCAGUAUUGCGUUUUCUUU